AUGUUUCCUCGCUCUCCGAGGAAGGAACGGACUCAUACCCUUCGUGAUCGCAAGUUCAGGGAUAGACUGAGCCCUCUUGGGACUCAUGGGAAUGCCCAUGAUGUGGAUGGUGAAGAAGUAGAACAGGCUGCAGGAAGUACAGGCAUUUACAGUAGAAGCCCGGUUAAACUUUCUCUUGGCGUCUCGCUUAAUGCAAAAAGAAAGAGGAAGGUACUUUGCCAUGGAUCAGCACCAUUCGUUUACAUGGACACUUGUUUUAAUAAUGGUGAGCUGCCUGGUACCCGUUCAUUGAAGAAGAGGUUAGAUCGAAAAUUGGAGAUGGAGGGUUUGAAGAUCUCAACAAGUAGUGUGAACUUGUUAAACAAUGGGCUCGAUAUUUUUAUGAAGAGAUUAGUAGAACCCUGUCUCGAUUUACUUGCUUCAAGAUCGGAGCGUACGCUUCACAAUCAAGUUUAUCAUCAAGCCAAAUUCAUCAUAAAUGGGAUUAGGCCUAUUUACAUACAGAACCCGAAGAGAUUGUUCUUCGUGUCAAUGUUAGAUCUUCAAGUUACAAUGGAGUCGAAUCCCUGGAUACUUGGAGCAGAUUGGCCACUGCAGCUUGAGGAAGUUUCCCUGCGUGCAACAAAAGUUACAGCAGAAUACCCCGUGAAUUUGAUGUUACAAGACUUUCAAGUUCAUGUCAAAGUGAUAAACCAGUUUUAUGACUCUAGAGAGCCCUUUCUAACAAUGAUGUUGACAUUAUCAUAUCAUACCAUCAAGCCUAUAGCAACGACGUGA